AUAAAAAAGAAGAAGUGAAGUAUUAGCAAAGAUGAUGCAGCUCAGUAUCAAGAGGGUUCCCACUGUUGUUUCGAAUUACCAAAAGGAUGAGGCCGAAGAAACUGAUCGCCGGAGCGGUGGAUGUGGAAAGAAUUGCCUUAGAAGCUGUUGCAUUCCAGGAGCAAAACUUCCUUUAUAUGCUUUCAAGAAGGUGGGCAAUAUUGAGAAUGAAAAAGAUGUGCCUGAAAUUGAAAACAAAGAGCCUCCAAUUGCUUUUCUUGAUUCUCUCGUUCUUGGGGAGUGGGAGGAUCGCAUGCAAAGAGGGCUCUUUCGAUAUGAUGUCACUUCCUGUGAAACGAAGGUGAUCUCUGGUGAAUAUGGCUUUAUUGCCCAGCUGAACGAGGGUCGGCACCUUAAGAAGAGGCCAACUGAGUUCCGUGUUGAUAAGGUUCUACAGCCCUUUGAUGGGAACAAGUUCAACUUCACCAAAGUUGGACAAGAAGAGGUGCUUUUCCAGUUUGAAUCAAGUGAAGAUGAUGAAGUUCAGUUCUUCCCGAAAGCUCCCAUUGAUGUUGAGAAUUCUCCAAGUGUUGUUGCCAUAAAUGUUAGUCCUAUUGAAUACGGGCAUGUGCUUUUGAUCCCUCGAAUUUUCGAAUGCUUCCCCCAGAGGAUUGACCACAAGAGCUUCUUGCUCGCACUCUAUAUGGCAACUGAAUCUGGGAAUCCGUUCUUCAGAUUGGGUUACAACAGCUUGGGUGCAUUUGCUACAAUCAAUCACCUACACUUCCAGGCCUACUACUUGGCAGUUCCAUUUCCCAUCGAGAAAGCUCCUACUAAGAAAAUAACCACUUUGAAGGAUGGUGUGAUUAUCUCGGAACUUUUAAAGUAUCCAGUCAAAGGUCUUGUCUUUGAGCGUGGUGACACUCUCCGAGACUUGUCUGACACUGUGUCUGAUGCUUGCAUUUGCCUUCAAGAUAACAACAUACCAUACAAUGUCCUCAUCUCUGAUUGUGGAAAGCGGAUCUUUCUCCUUCCUCAGUGUUAUGCUGAGAAACAAGCACUUGGGGAGGUGAGUUCAGAGCUCUUGGACACCCAGGUGAACCCCGCGGUGUGGGAAAUUAGUGGUCAUAUGGUGUUGAAAAGGAGGAAGGACUAUGAUGAGGCAUCUGAGGAAAACGCUUGGAGGCUCCUUGCAGAGGUUUCCCUCUCUGAUGAGAGGUUCCAAGAAGUGAAUGCACUUAUCUUCGAAGCCAUUGCUGGUGGCGAAGAUGGCAUUGAAAAUGUUGCAGUGAUUGAGGAGCGUGAUACCGAAGCUCAAUCUCUUGAAAAAGAGAAUGUAAUCGCCGAAAGCUCCCACCAUGCUAUGGUUGCUGGGACACAAGAAUGCCUUGUCCUGCAGUAAGGAUCAGCAUUCAGUCAACAGAACCCUGUU